CAUGGAAUUUCACCCUUGGACAAAAAGAUGUCCGCCAACAAUCAACCAGCCCUCGCGGUGCGGGCGGACAUCCAUAAAUCAUGCAAGUCUAUCGAGAACCUUCUGUCUGUCUUCAACGACUACUGUGAAGCUGCUGGAGCUAUCGCUGCUCUUCAGAAGAAGCUGUCCAAGGCUUUGCGAGAAACAGCUGGAAUGAGAGUGACUGGUGAAAUCGCAGCCAAUGCCUUGAAUGCCAGUGCUACCAUAUACGACGCUUUAAACGAGGUUGAUAGCAAGUUCGCGAAGCUAGCCGAUAAAGAGUAUGAUGCCAUUAGCGAGGAGGUCAAAAAAUGGUUCAAGAAAUUAGCGAAGGAGGAAAAGGCCCAUGACGAGCGAAUAGCCGCUGCAAACAAUAAGAUAAAGCAAGCGGGUCAACUAUACGAGAAGAAAGCGAAAAGAAGCCCUCGUGAAGCCAAUGAAGAACAUGCUCGCUACAUCAAUCUUAUCAGUGCAAUGGGUCCAGAGAUAUCGCAGGAGAAAUACAACCAUACUUUGUUGGCCUCUCAGCGCCAUAGCUCCACGACUUACAGCAUUGCAGCCUGCAUAUCAAGAGUCGCCGACGCAGAAUGGACGAGGGCUUGCGAAGGGGUGCGGCGCUUUUCUCCCACGAUUGGAAAGUUAGGCCAGUGGCGAGCAUUUUGCGAAGGAGGAUGGACAGGACCAAUUCCUCAGGAUCUUCCGGAUAUUGAUUCUCCUCAACAGUUGGGCGAACCCGUCGACCAUUCGAUCCCGGCCAAUCGCCUAGAAGAGGACGAUCGUUCUCAACCUCAGGGAAUAAGGAAGGGAGUCAAACCUGAACAGGAACAACACCAACCCCAGGAUUAUACAGGUAACCACACAGGAACUAGUACACCUACGUUCGAAGGAUCAAUUGACGGAACUUCUGGGCAACAACAGUCUCCACAACGUCAAUACAAUAGCUAUAAUGACUCAUCUGUCGUUGGCGGAAAUAAAAUAGGUGGAGAGUCGAUACCGCCCACUUCAUUCAAUCUCUCGAAGAAGUACCAAGACGACACGACUGGUUCUGUGAGAUCACUAUCUGCUUUCCCUUCUCCGCCUACGCACUAUCCUCUCCCACCUACAAUGUCACAACGUCAACAGCAACAACAGCCGUCUCAAUCAUCCUCCGCAUCCCAAAUUGCCUUCCCUACUAGUAGACAGUCGAUAGAUCGUCGUUCACCCGUUCCUGAAGCCGAGGAAGCCGCCGAGGAAAUGACAUCGCAGUCUCAAUCCCCUGUUAUCUCACCCGGAGUAUCGCCCAAUCCGUCGCCAGUACGGGUCAAGUUUCAGGACAGACCAACGCAGAUGCAGGCAGACGUUAUCGAAGAGCCUUCAAGCGAUGUGAAAUCUAGUCCUCAGUUAACAGCUCGUCCCAAAGCUGUUCGUGCGGAGACUUUGGACCCAAGCACAUAUAGAAAUGCCGAGCCAGUGUCAUCCGUUGAUAUACCAUUUCCUUCACGGACACAUGGACGAGGUGACCACACAACAGAGGGGUUAGGGACAUUUCCGACUCAUAAACCUGGCACCAGUAUUGACGGAAGACCCAACAAAUUAGAAAGAUCAGACACAGGUGCUAGCAACGGAAGUAUAGUGGCCGCCAUGAGGAAUCGAUAUUCUUACAGUCCCGAGACUCCAUCCCCUCCACAUACGAAAGAUAUACCCCGAAUACCACAGAGUGUAAGCAACCUUGCCUCGAAGUAUGACCGACCAGUAUCCCCCCCUAGUGCGCGACCUCUACCUUCCAUUGACACCGCCUCACGGCAAUCGCGUGAAACUUCCUACCGGGAGCGGGAACGAGAACCGACGGUGACCACGAAUCAUAAGUCUACCAGUAACCCUGUAGCUGCCGCGGCAGGGGACGACGAGUUUACUGCUCGCCGUAGACAUCAACAGCGAAUGGAACAGAUGGUGGAGAUGGAAUUCAGGGAGAAGGAACAGGAGUUGAGACGUCGUGAGCAAGAUAUUGAGCAGCGUGCAAGAGAACUGGCGCAGGAGCGUGCCAACCUUCUGCAGACUGUCAAUGCUUCCUCGAGUCUCGAUAUCGCGAAACCCAGACAACGCCAGUUAUCGUUUCAACAAGGUCAUUCUGGACAAACGUAUAGUACGAACGGGGACACAGUUGCAUCACCUGUCCCUGCAUCUCCUAGGCUGGGAGCUACAGCACCGAUGAGACCACAUUCACAGUACUCCACCAGUGCUACCCAUCUCGUCCCCCCGGCGUCUCCUCGCGGCCCUUAUCGGAACCGAGGUGAAGAGUACACAAACGACCAGCACCCUUCAAGCAGUCGCGAUCCUAGUGUAACCAGCAUCACCUCUACCUCAAUGAACUCUUCUCCGGUGAUGUCCACUCCGCGAACGGAGAAGAAAGGAUGGAUGAGACGCUUAAGCAUGCCGAUCGUGGCUGGCAAUGCGUUCUUGGAAGGGAAGAAACAUAGUAGCCACAACAGCUUUGGCGGAGGGAAGGGCGGUCCAAUUUCAUUGGACUCGAAGAGGAACGCAAGUAACACGUAUUUGAGGGGUGGUAUCGCGGGUGAGGAUGGAAGACUCUCGGGCGGCAUGACGGGUGUGAAGAAUUAUGAGCUGGGAAGUGGGAUCAGCAAUAUAUCCGUCACGAAUCUUAAUAGCAGACGAUAAGUGAUGGUUUUUUUUCCUACUCUUUUAUUGUGCUCAUCUUUGAUACCCGUUUGGAUUAUGAUUCUCUUCUGGACACUAUCUAUAAUUCAUCUAUGACCGCUACGACCUAGUUUAUGGCACCAUGCCAUAUGUAAUGUUAUAUGCUAUAUAUCGCUAUCAGUACUUAAAUGAACCAACCAUGACCG